AUGCGUACCACUUGGUUUCUCUCAACGGCACUAGCUGCCCUCGUCACUGCGGACGAAUCAACCAGAAUCAACUAUUUCGGCGGUGGAAUGCAAUGGGCUCAUUCACUCAGCCUCCACCCAUGGACCAGCACCGCUGCCAGCGUCGCUGGGAUCAAUGCCGUCGCCACCACCUACGAAAUCAGAUGUCUGAGCGAUGCGCCCAGGUCUGAUUGUGAAAUCGCGACUCCCUGGACCAUGAUCCAGGGCCCAAGCACCUACAGUCUCACUGGUGUAUAUACCUCGUCGGGCUCGGGAUCAGUCAAUGCUGUGACUGGAACCCAGAACUUUGAUUGCACUUUCGCGAAGGCCACCCAGUCUCCUUCCUGUUCGUUUAGCGUGAAAGUCACUGGCACCGCCGCUGGCGUUUCUACCUCUACCUCUACCUCCACCUCCACCAAGAACCUGCCAACGGAGUCCUACACCUCCUACGGGAUCGAUGUCACGGCAGGAACGGCUUCGUUCACUGCCAGCCAGGCAACCCAGACUCCCAAUGCGGGGGCUGCUAUGGCUACUGCUGCGCCAAUGGGGGCAGCUGCCGUUGUGGUGGUUGUUGCCAUGCUCUAG